UGACGUCACUACCAUUGACAGCGUGAGGCGGCGGCGGCGGCUGCUGCCAUGGUGUUGAGCGGCUGGGUGCAUCAUGUCUAGACUGGGGGUCUUGGGCGGCGCCCGCUCCGGGCUGGGACUGUUGCUGGGCACCGCCGCGGGCCUUGGAUUCCUGUGUGCCCUUUACAGCCAGCGGUGGAAACGGACCCAGCGCCAUGGCCACAGCCAGCUCCUGCCCAAGUCGCUGGACGUCACGCAGACUUCAGAGCCCGGACGCCAGGUGAGGCCAUUUCAGGCAGUCCCAGGUGAGGCUGGAGAUGCUGUGGUGCUGCCAAGCCUUCCACGAGAAGGGCAGGAGAUGGUGCUGGACCGCCUGGACUUUGUGCUGACCAGUCUGGUGGCACUGCGGCAGGAGGUAGAGGAGCUGAGGAGCAGCCUUCAGGGGCUUGCUGGGCAGAUUGUUGGGGAGUUCCGAUCCCACGUGGAAGAGAACCAGAGAGUGGCUCGGCGACGAAGGUUCCCGUUUGCCCGUGAGAGGAGUGACUCCACUGGCUCCAGCUCUGUCUACUUCACGGCCACCUCGGGAGCCACAUUCACAGAUGCUGAGAGUGAAGGCGGUUACACAACAGCUAAUGCUGAAUCUGACUAUGACCGGGACUCUGACAGGGAGAGUGAAGACGGGGAAGAUGAAGUGAGCUGUGAGACCGUGAAGAUUGGGAGAAGGGAUUCUCUGGACCUGGAGGCAGAGGUGGCUUCAGGCCCGGUUCCCAGAGCCCUGGAGGCUGAAGGCUUACCUGGCCUGGAGGAUGUGCUGCCCCUCCUGCAGCAGGCUGACGAGCUGCACCAGGGCAGUGAGCAGAGCAAGCGGGAAGGCUUCCAGCUGCUGCUCAACAACAAGCUAGCGUAUGGAAGUCGGCAGGACUUUCUCUGGCGCCUGGCCCGGGCCUACAGUGACAUGUGUGAGCUCACUGAGGAGGUGAGCGAGAAGAAGUCAUAUGCUUUAAAUGGAAAAGAAGAAGCGGAGGCCGCUCUGGAGAAGGGGGAUGAGAAUGCUUACUGUCACCAAUGGUAUGCAGUGCUUUGUGGCCAGCUGGCUGAGCAUGAGGGCAUCCAGAAGCGCAUCCAGAGUGGCUUUAGCUUCAAGGAGCAUGUGGAUAAAGCUCUUGCUCUCCAGCCAGAAAACCCCAUGGCACACUUUCUCCUUGGCAGGUGGUGCUACCAGGUUGCGCACCUGAGCUGGCUAGAAAAGAAAACUGCCACAGCCUUGUUUGAAAGCCCUCUCAGUGCUACUGUUGAGGAUGCCCUCCAGAGCUUCCUAAAGGCUGAAGAACUACAGCCAGGAUUUUCCAAAGCAGGAAGGGUGUAUAUUUCCAAGUGCUACAGAGAACUAGGAAAAAACUCUGAAGCUAGACAGUGGGUGAAGCUGGCCAUGGAGCUGCCAGACGUCACUAAUGAGGAUUCAGCUUUCCAGAAGGACCUGGAAGAAUUGGAAGUAAUUUUAGGACACUAAACACAUUUCAAUGGCCUUCAUGACUUAAGAAAUACCACUACUUAAGGGGGAUGAAAAUCAGGUCUGUCUUCCCUUAGGCCUUGCUUAGAUCAGGAAAUUGAGCAAGACUGGGUAAGGGAGUAUCCUGACUCCUGAUCUAAUUUAUUCUAAUCCCUUAAUUAAUCUGAAAUUGGGGAGGUACUUGAGACCUGGGUUUCUGUUGUAUUCUCCCUUAAGUGAAUUCUUGAAAAAUCAAGACUUGUCCUAGGGUUGAGUGUGGGUAGAGAACUGAAGGCUGCCUUCAACUGCUGGUAAGGUGAAUGAACUUCAAAGAGCUAUAGGAACAAAACACAGAACUUGUACUCUCUAAUCUUUUUCACUGAAUAAUAUUCAACACCAGAUUAUAUAGUCCUAAGAUCACAUCCUACCUACAAGGGUAAAAGGAAGGCUUGGUAGUCCAUGGAUAUUGCCCUCUUCUCACCUAUCAUGUGGAUUCUAACUGUGAUCCUGGGCUGAGGGGCUGGACCACUUGACUUCCAGUCUUGGCUGCUUUUGGAACAGUAGCAGUGCACAAAGUUUAUAAGACUGUGAAAUGAUGAUCUGAGGAGUUGCCUGGAAUAUAUUUUGGUACCAACUUAAAAUAAACCAAAUUUGACUAGAA